UGACGCCAUCCCCAUUUUGACCGCUUUUUUCCGUUUAGAGAGAGAGAGAGAGAGGGAGAAGUGAGUUUAGAGAGAGAGAGAGAGAGUGUCUUGAACACUGAAAAAAAAUCCAAUUAAAUACGAUAAUUUUUCUGCAAUCGAAGGAGUCCUAAUUAUACGCCGAGAAUUCUAGGGUUUCUGUUUCAGAAUGAAGAAAAGCCGGAAUUCAAAAAUCAGGGGUCGUGUGGUAUGGGAUGAAUCUAACCUUGGAGAAAUUGAGGCAAAUAAACCAGUGAGACAGAAAAUCAAUGAGCCUAAGACUCCUUACCAUGCUCCGAUCGAUGAAGAUGGUUCUCUUUCGCCAAUACGAGAUGGUUUAGAUCAGAUGGGUAAUGCUGCACAUGCUGAAGCUAUUCGGUCUGCUUUGAAUGAUGUUGCAUCAUCGUCCCAUAGUCAGCAUCCUCGGAGGGGUGGUGGCUGGACGUCUUCCGAAGAUGAGGGAGAUGCCAUGGAACAAGAUGAUGAAGAUUUUGAAAUGGAUCGGGGCAGAUUAAGUUUUACAGAACACAGGAGGGCACAUUAUGAUGAGUACAGAAAGGUGAAAGAAUUGUUGAGGCAGGGGUCUGUCUUCAAUGAUGAAACCGAGGAAUGCGAUGAUAAGGAAAAGACUUCUUUGACAGGCUCCAUGAGUGCCAUAGACAUAGACAAAGGUGACAGUCCAACCCAACGCCAGCCCCCCACUUAAAUGAGCUUGAAAGCUUGGUUUUCAUGGGAACUUUUGGGGUGAAGAACAUGGCUCUGAAACUGUUUGGGUUACUUCUUUUCCUUUUUUUUUUCAACUCGAAAAAUCAGCAUUGCUCUCUUUGCUCUAAAAUGGAGCGCCCCCAUCUUUCUUAUUUUGUUGGGUAAGGGGAGAACCUGCCCGGUGUAACUUUGUACAUAUGUAGCCCUUUGCCCCAUGUCUUUUAUCUUGAUAUUUUAGAAACAUGAAAAAUCUUGUUUAACAUUUUCUCAGCCUCGAAGUUAGGAAUUUUUCCUUGAAACAUUUGACCAGUUUGUAGCUUUUGCUCAGCCUAGAGACUUGGAAAUUUCCCUGAACAUGAUGGGUUUUGACCUCUUAAGAUUUUGAAAGUGAUGGUUUUGAGGUGGAGGCAGAUACAAAACGCGCUUUGAAUGAUUGCAUGGAGUUUUUGUUGUCAUGAGAGAAGGGUUUGAUGUAAUUAGAAGUCUCUUUGAUAGGAAGCCACAUUUUGACCUUUCGGAAAUUGCGGCAGGUUAGUCUUGUUCUA